AUGCUCGCUGCUGCUCUCGCGACGCUAUCCAUCAUCGCUGCCCUCGUCAUCGCCACCACCGCUGCUGUGCCGCUGCUCCUGGUGCUUCGCUCGGCCUGUCGAUUUAACGACACCUCUUUGUUCUCGGAAUCGGCUCUCGAGAGUUUUAUCGCGUCGUCUGGGCGAAUUACACCACCGCGGCCCUUUACAGUUCUGAACUACAACGAGACGUGUGGUACAGGAUGGCAGCAGCACGUUGCGACAGCUGGUUUAAAGGUAGCAGUUCAAGGUGGGGUUGUGGUAAGUGCAGGAUGGGGCGGCGCCGCCUUGUGUGGUGCGCUGUCCAUGGUGAGUCGUGCGCCACCCUCCUGCGCUGAACCUCACGCGCGGGCUGCUGCGCUGGCUGCACUUGCCCUUCGCCUGCGUUGGCGGAGUGCUACAUUGCUGGCGCAUAGGCACCAACAAUCGGAUCUUUGCAAAUCUAUACUGACAGCAGUGGAACGAGCCCUUCUUGAUAUAGGCUUACAACUGCGCCAAAGAGAUAUUCAAUCUAAAUAUAAUGAGCAAACAUACAUUUCUAUUAUCUGCGAUGAUCAAAACUAUGAUCAACAGAACAAAAAGUAUGGAGUUCACCCCUUGUUAAUAGUACGGCGACCGUUUGUUUCGACCAUUAUGCCUUCUGCGAGACAUCGAUCUUUUGCGUACGUUUAUGAUAGUUUAAAAUUACAAAAUGAUUUAACUAACAAUACAGAAACGAAAAUAAGAUCAAGAUCUACUCGCAAUGAUUCAGAGCGACAGUUAGAAUGGGCCGAAAUUUUUCCAUAUUAUAAUAUAAAUUCUACAAGAUCUCCAGCUUCGAUGGCUUCAGUUGACAUAGAUAAAAUUAAACAAAAUACGAAAUUUAUAGAACUCGACCCCGUGGAUUAUCUUAACAGCCUGCUAUUCAUUGAACACGCUCCGAUCGACGCGUAUAACCACUUACUUAGAGCACCGUAUAACAAUACCGAAGCCAUCAUGUACUCUUUUGAUUUAUACGAGAGUAAAAUGUUCGAGGGAUCAGCUUCCUGGGAGCUGGUUACAACUUCGUUAACAGAGACCACCCAAUCGGCAGAUGACAGUUGGCACACGGACGUGAGGUGGGAAGGGGGUAGUGAAUUCGAGGCGUGGUGUAUAGAUCACGCAGAAGUGAAUCAAGAGAUUGGAGAAGAGCGUAUGCCAGGAGAGGCAGUCUGCGCGGUUGGAGCAGCGGGUGCGGCAGGUGCAGCCCUAGCCGCAGUUAUGGUUACUGUAGUUGUUCUGCGGCGUGCAAUCAGUUGGCGGCAUGGCGUGCGAAGGCGUCCACGUACUGCUGUCGUGCUAGCGCCGGUGGACUUCGAGUUCCCGGCUGACGAGCAGCGGCGCUUGGGUGAGGGGAUGGAAAGUGUGUUAAGCUGGUUGCAACAACUACACGAUCUGCCCGACCAGCCUGACUUACUGAAGCGACCGCUCGCUCCCUCGGCACCGUCAUCAGUGUGUAGUGUUUCGAGGCUGUCGCCCGAUGGAAGGAUUCGGUACAAAGGGGAUCCGGUUCAUAUGAAGUACCUGCCUGUGGCUACAUUAGACCUUAAACGAAAGGCUAUCGAUGUUUUACUUGUUAUGCAAAGCUUGCGACAUGAAAAUCUCAAUAUUUUUAUUGGGUGUGUCUGUGUUGCACGACCUGCAUUGGUGUACGGUGCGGGAGCACGCGGCUCCCUUCAAGCAGUAUUGCAGGCGGAUGAGCUGCGGCUAGAUUGGACAUUUCGGCUGUCACUGCUGACGGACCUGGUUAGAGGAAUGCGCUAUCUACACGCGUCACCACUGCGCGCCCAUGGCUGCCUUACGUCACGUGCCUGUCUUGUCGAUGCGCGGUGGGUGCUGCGAGUGUCAGACUAUGGUGUCGCACAGCUAGGGCAUGCUCAGGCGAUGCCCAUAGGUCUACGCUGCCCCCGCGACUUGCUAUGGAGUGCGCCUGAGGUGCUUCGAGUUGGCGAUGUAAUGCCCCCAACUCAGUCAGCAGACGUGUUCUCCUUUUCUAUUAUCAUGCAAGAAGUCAUUGUUCGAGGGGAACCCUACUGUAUGCUCAGCUUUACGCCUGAAGAAAUAGUGGAGAAACUGUGUCGUCCACCGCCAUUAAUCCGACCGUCAGUGUCUAUUGGUGCAGCGCCGCCUGAAGCGGUCAGUAUUAUGCGUCAGUGCUGGAGCGAGCAACCUGAACAUCGCCCUGACUUUGACCGUCUUCACGAGGUUUUUCGCCAAUUGCACAGUGGACGAAAAGUUAACAUCAUGGAUUCAAUGUUUGAAAUGUUAGAAAAAUAUAGCAAUAAUUUAGAAGAACUGAUAAAGGAACGAACAGAACAGUUGGACAUCGAGAAGAAAAAAACGGAACAGUUGCUAAACAGAAUGCUUCCCAGGACCGUGGCAGAGCGGUUACUGCUAGGACUGCGCGUGGAACCCGAAAUGUUCGAAGAGGUGUCAAUUUACUUCAGCGAUAUCGUGGGUUUCACUUCUAUUGCUGCGAAAGCAACGCCCGUGCAAGUUGUCGACCUCCUUAAUGACUUAUAUACUACUUUUGACGCAGCCAUCGAACAAUACGCUGUAUACAAGGUGGAGACAAUUGGUGAUGCGUAUAUGGUAGUCGGCGGUCUGCCAAUACGUAGUACGGACCAUGCUCAGGCAGUUGCUACUAUGGCGUUACAUUUGCUGCACUUAGCUGGUCGGUUCCGUAUAAGGCAUUCGCCAUCCACCCCGCUGCAUCUGCGAAUUGGAUUGCACACUGGACCCUGCUGUGCUGGCGUAGUGGGACUUACGAUGCCGCGAUACUGUUUGUUUGGAGAUACCGUCAAUACGGCUUCUCGUAUGGAGUCAACGGGAGCGGCAUGGCGAGUGCAGGUAUCCACUGCGACUGCAGAAAGAUUAGCGGCGGCAGGCGGAUUUCGUUUGCGCUCGCGUGGCCUCACGCAGAUCAAGGGAAAGGGUGCUAUGCACACCUACUGGCUACUGGGCAAGGAGGGCUUUGACAAGCCACUUCCCACGCCCCCUCCACUAGAGUCUGAAGAGGUACUGUUCGAAACAGACGGGGAGAAUGACAGUGAAUCGUCUGAUAUCACCAACGUUGUGGAUCUCGGCCGAACGCUCACAGCCCCCCAGCAGACAGUAGAGCGCCAGAGCUCUGACCCCUGCGCCCAAUUCCUCGGUGAGGGGAGCCAAGGUGGUCUGUCUGCGGAGAGCAGCCCAUGCUUACGUUCAGUGGUAGAUGGGGUGCGGGGUAGCGCCACACUUGGAAGAAGUAUGGCAAUAAGCGGACGAAACGGCGCAGGAGCAGCGCGCUUUCGCUAUCUACGUUCCUCCCUUUCCAGCUGCUCAGUGGCGGGAUCGCUAGAAGCGCCAGCACCGCGCGUUUUGCGGCGGCAAUGGUCGCUGGAGCGUGGGGAUUCUCUAGCGGCGGCGGCAGCGGGCCCAGAUAGCGGAACCAUGGCGCUAGAGCCGCUGGCGUUGAGAGCUCCCCCCCCACGUCCAGCGCCUCCACGCUAUAGAACCCGCGCCGACACCGAGCGCUGA